UCCCCUAGGGUCGGGGUGCCCAGGGGGAAUCCCGGCUGACUCGCUCGUUGCAGUCGAAGCCCAUCGCCAGGGAAGGGAGCCGGGUGGCCGCGCCCGUCCGGCUGCGCCGCUUGCCGCCCCCAGCCCUGCAGCCCGGACUCGAUGGAGGCAGUGGAGUAGGGGGAGGCAGCGCCCGGCGCCGGGCUCUCCCCUCCGCUGACUCUGCAGCUGACCCGCGGAGAGCGAGAGACGUGCGUCUGGCUGCCCCCGCCAAGCUGCCGGUUUCGGAGAAGACGCCGUCUGGCAGCACGGAGCGCUGAGUUCUGCACCUAACCGAGCUCAGAGAGUUCAAGAAAGGAAGUAUUCUGGAUGGAUGGCUGCUGGAAACCCAUUGCCAUAGCCAGCUCUUCUUCAGUACUUAAGGAUUUACCCUGGCAUUGAGUAAUGAGAAUUUCGAAACCACAUUUGAGAAGUACUUCCAUCCAGUGCUACUUGUGUUUACUUUUGAACAGUCAUUUUCUAACUGAGGCUGGCAUUCAUGUCUUCAUUUUGGGUUGUAUCAGUGCAGGUCUUCCUAAAACAGAGGCAACCUGGCAGUUUGUAAUAAGUGAUUUGGAAAAAAUUGACAAUAUUAUUCAAUCUAUACAUAUUGAUACCACUUUAUAUACUGAAAGUGAUGCUCAUCCCAGUUGCAAAGUAACAGCGAUGAAGUGCUUUCUCCUGGAGUUACGUGUUAUUUUGCUUGAGUCCAAACAUCAUCUCCUUAAUGAAACAGUAGAGAACCUUAUCAUCCUAGCAAAUGAUGGUUUAUCUUCUAAUGGGAAUGUAACUGAAACGGGAUGCAAAGAAUGUGAGGAACUGGAGGAGAAAAAUAUUAAAGAAUUUUUUCGGAGUUUUGUACAUAUUGUACAAAUGUUCAUCAACUCUUCUUGAUUGUAAUUGAUCCUCUUCGGCAUUUCUGCUAUUAACAAACAUCUUCCCACGGCUUAAGGGCAAUGAAACUCUCUGCAGUUCACAUGGGCUGCCCAAACCAAUUUUUCUAACAAGAGGAAGAUCCGGAAUUUUGGAUCGGAUGAACUCUUGGAAAUGAAGGCAGAAAAAAUGGCAUUGAGUAACAUGGUGUCUAUGAACUGUCCUCAUACUUAUUUUGUUCACUUAGUCUUAAUUUAUUAUUGAAGUUGCACAUAUUUGUAGCAUAAUAUAAAGUAUUGAAUAAAAUUGUGUACCUACUUUAUCCUUUGAAAUUGCACUGAUACUUACCCCUUUAAGGAAGUAGGGGACAUUCCUUCAAGGGCAAGGGUCAAAUUACACAGCUGGCAGGGCUGAGCACCACUGGACAGGUCAACUGUGUGCUCCAGCCAGUCAGGAACCGCUAACCACCAGCCUUCACUCACUUCUCCAGUGGGUGUCCCACAAGGAGGAAGAAUUGACUCCCAACGAGAAAGGAGAAAUAGGUGUGAAACGGAUGCUUUACUCUGUAACAUAGUUAUUGAUAUCAAAAGCACCUGUUAUCAAAGACAGUGCAUGAACCUGGCAUGUACUGCACAUCAGUGAAUCUUAGGUGGGAGUGACAAUAAUAAACCUUCACUGAUAGGUAGAAUCGUGUAUGGAGAACUCGUGGUUGUAAUGAUGUUAAUAUUGCCAUGCUUUCCUGAGCGCAGGUGUUUUAUUUUCACAUUUUUUUUGCCAUGUUCAUAUAAUAAAAAAAACCUGAUUUGUUAGAGCCAGCAUUAUCUGAUGAAAAAUAAUUGUUUAUUUUUGCACUAUACUGUCUGAAAUUUCCAAGCUCUUUUUUAAUAAAACUCUGACUAAGAUGAAA